AUGGAGAGGAGGGCAGAGAAGAAGAAGGCAAAGGCGGCUGCCAAGGCGAAGAAGGCGAGGGCGAAGCGGGAGAAGAGGGAGAGGAAGGAGAGGCGGCGGGAGAAGAAGCGGGUGAAGCGCAAGGGCGCCGAGCGCAAGGAGGCCGAGCGCAAGGAGGCCGAGCGCAAAGAGGCAAAGAAGGCCAAGCGCCGCGAGAAGGCUGCGGUGCGCGAGGCUUCCGUCGAGGUUCACGCGCCGCGAGGACAGCUGGCGGCGGCGGCGGAGGAGGCUGGCGGCGGCGGCGACGGCGGUGGCGGCGGCGACGACGGCGACGACGGCGAGGGCGGCGAGGGCGGCGGUCGCCAGCCGCGCAAGAAAAGGAACAGGCGCAGGAGGCGAGGCGCGGGGGGCGGCGAGGGCGGCGGCGAAGGUGGCGAGGGCGGCGGCGAAGGUGGCGAGGGCGGCGGCGAAGGUGGCGAGGGCGGCGGCGAGGGCGGCAGCGAGGGUGGCGAGGGAGGCGGCGAGGGUGUCGGCGAGGGUAGCGAAGGUGGCGGCGAGGGCGGCGAGAGCGGCAGCGAGGGUGGCUCGCCUUUGCUCUUGCCUCCGCGCGAUGAGGCCGCGGGGGGAAGCAGCGGCGGCGAGGACGGCGGAGGCGGAGGCGGAGGCGGAGGCGGAGGCGGCGGAGGCGGCAUCGGAGAAGGCGGAGGCGGAGGUGGAGGCGGAGGUGCUUUGCCGCAAGGGUGGGAGGAGGUGUCCGGCGAGGGCGGCGUCUACUUUUGGAACACCAAGACCGACGCGGAGCAGCAGCGGGCGCAGGGGCGGCAGCCGCAGCCGCAGCGACAGCGGCAGUCGCAGCGGCAGCCGCAGCCGCAGCCGCAGCCGCAGCCGCAGCCGCAGCCGCAGCCGCAGCCGCAGCCGCAGCCGCAGUGCCAGGAAGCGCGGCCGCGGCGCCCGGCAGAAAAGAAGCCGCAGCCGCAGCCGCGGCCGCGGCCGCCGGGAGCGCAGCAGCCCGGACCGCCACCGCGGUUCGAGUCGGGGUCGGGGCAGCCGCAAGCGGAGCAGGAGCCGCAGCCGCAAGCGAAGCAGGAGCCGCAGCCGCAAGCGAAGCAGCAGCCGCAGCCGCACGGCGCGCGGGUCAUCGUGGGGCGGCUGCAGGGGAAGGACGCGACGCCCGUCGAGCCGGCGCCGCCAGGGUACUGCGACGUGCGCGUGGACCGCGGCACGGCGCUGGGGAACCCGUUCCCGAUGGGCCGCGACGGGCGCGACGAGAGCUUCCGCGGCCUUGUGCACGACGAGAGCUUCCGCGGCCCUGUGUGCGCCGCCUUCGAGGCGCUGCUACGGGAGGGCGCCACUACGUCGAUGUCGACGACCGGUACCGCCGGCCAAACGCCGCAGCCGAGCGGGGCGCGCUGCCCGUAG